GCAACCAGUUUUUUCCUCGUGAAGCAGAAUAGGAAUGUUGGAUGAAAAAAGUAUUGCAGUGAUCACUCGGUUCAAGCAGGCACUUGCCAACGACACCAUCCCAGUGGCGGCAGAUUCACACAUCUUGGACUCGAACCGGGGCCAGAAAUUGGUCGACGAAAUUGAAAAUGACGAUCACUUGAGAACCAAGGUGGUAGAAUUCAACGGUACCAAUUAUUUGGUAUCAAGCAAUAGAAAAAUCAGUAGCUCAACUCGUCGUAACAAGAGAAGAUGGCAAGAGUACUACGAAUCCACGGACGAGUUCAAAAAAGCCAAACUGCAACUGCAGGCCGAGUCUAGUGAUGUUGAUGAUGGCGAUGAAGCCAGCCACGAAGAUAACGAAAUUGAUGACAAUGACGAAGGCUCCGAAACUGGCGGCGGAGAUGAUGACCGUGACUACGAUGAGGACCUCAAUCCGCUACAUGAUUUCAAUGUGACUGAAAUAUUGCUGCCGCUAUCACAUCCCUCUGAAAUCAUCUCCCACCCUGUGUUACUGGGGACGUUUAAGCUGGAAGCCUUGAGUAAAUUGGCCACCGAGUUGAUCGAGGUGAUAGAAAGCGAGCAGAACACAUUGAACUGGUUCAACAAGUUGUUACAGGUGUUGAACGGGGAAGACUGGUACUACUUAUUGGAGGAGAAUUUGGGGUUGCCCAAGUACGACCAUGGAUUGGUCAACGAUGAAGAACCGGAAAACCCUGAUAAAAAGCCCAGUCCUCUGCAAAACGGAGCUCCAGAACCUGAGGGUGAGGUGAAGAAAGAGGACGAAAAUGGGAUCCCCAAGAGAAUCACCAGAAAGUCCAAUGCUGAAGUUGAUGAUGUUUCAGACCCAUUUUUCAUGUUGCCAGACACCUUGAAGAAGUAUGAGAUGCACCAGGCUCGGGUGGUGGAAGAGCCUGAACCUGGUAAGGAAUCCGAGUUGGAGCACGUGCAAGAAGACUUGAUCAACCAUUUGCAAGUUAGCAUUCAGAGACAGCAGGAGCAUAUUAAGAACUUGAUGAAGUUGAGAGAGAACAUUGUGCGGGCAGAUAGAUUGAAGACCAGCUUAUGGAAAUGGGGCAAGGAGAUGUACGACAAGAAAAGCAGUUGAGUAGGUGUAGUAGGACAAGUAUGUAUAAUAGAUAUUGUAACUCAAGAACUGAUUAAGUGUGAGUGGGAAUUUUAGAGAACGAUUUUCAAAAUGAAUGCAAAUGGUGAAAUUCACGCAUUUAGGAGUGCUCAAUUUAGAUUGGAAUCAGAUGAGGAUCAGAUGAGCUAGAGCUUAUCAGAAAACUAUGUCGAGCAGACAACAUAUACAAUAGCACACCAAAACAGCCCACUACUUCUCACCCCCAAAACUCUCUCCAGAUCACCAACCCUACAAGCAGUAGCAUCGCAUGCCAGUACGCGUCCAGGCGCGUU